UCCGUACCUUUACCUACAUUUCAAUUAACUUUAGCAUGUUCUUAUAUAAUACAAUUAAUAAAUAUGUGCAUGUCUUUUGUUAUAGGCCUGUGGCUUGAGCAGCUGUUCGAUAAAUCUGUCUCCGUAUCGCAGAUGGCAUUCACAGAUCACAAAGACCCAAGACAAACGUUCCUGUACCAACUUAGCCAGAAAACAGGCUUGGAGCACUUCAAGAAUGUGAUUCUAGUGAGCGCGUUACAAGAUCACAUUGUUCCCUAUCACUCCACUCGUAUUGAAAUGUGCAAAGCUGCUCUGAAGGGAGAUGAGAUAGGAACUGUUUAUACUGAGAUGCUCCGAAACACCCUUGAGCCUAUUCUAAACAACAAGAACUGUAACUUUGUGAGAUACGACGUUAGUUUUGAUAUGCCCAAAUCAUUCAACUCUUUCAUUGGACGUACGGGCCACUGCGCAUUCGUUUCAUCUUGGCAAUUUUUGGAGAACUUCUUUCACAAUGCUGGCCUGAAAUAUUUUGAAUAGAAGAAUAGAAGAAAUUUGAUGCCCGACAUGUUUAAUGCUAUUGAAGUGCCAGAGACAUCGAGUUGCAGAAUCUUUAAUACCUUGUUGCACAAUGAACUAACAACGCUGACUUCUCUUCUACACUGUACGAGUCUACACUAUACGAGCUGACACCAAAGGCAAAAGAAGAAGAUGAUUCCAGAAACAUCUUUAACUUACAGCGCUGCAUAUAUCCAUGUAUAUUUCCUUAUACUGAAUAUACCUUUGUAUGCAGCACUUUGUAUAUAAACAUUUGUAAAAUUUAUAUAUUC